GCGCCGCAGUGAGCAAGUUGCGGAAAACUCCAGCUGACUACACCGCCCUGUUCUGUAAUUUCUAUUGGUUGCGAGCUGCAUUCAGAGGAUUCUGGAGACCCUCAAGCCACGCAAUGGAGGUAAUGACCCUGGAGGAUGUAACUGUGAACUUCACCAAGGAUGAGUGGGCUCUGCUGAAUCCAUCCCAAAAGAAGCUCUACAGAGAUGUGAUGUGGGAAACAUUUAGGAAUAUAAAUGCUAUAGGAAGGACUUGGCAAAACAAGCAAAUGGAAGAAGAAUGCAAAAAUUGCUCAAGAAAUCUAAGAAAUGAAGAGGUAGCAAUGUUCUAUCAAUAUAAAGCUUUCAAUCAACAUGAAAACAUAUUCCUUCAGACUUCAGAUGCUAAUGUGAACAUGCAACACACUGUUUUAAGGCCACAUGGAAGUCCUGUUUUUGGAGAGCCCCUAAUUGGGAAUUUAUCAUUGAAUGUGCUCAUCUCACCUCACCCUGGAGAGAAGCCACAUGGGUAUUUGGGAUUUGAUGGCAAACUGAAUAAAUGCAAUGAACAUGGAGAAAUCUACAUUGCUUUCCUGUUGUUUCAGAAGCAUGCAAGGGCAAACAAUGGAGAGAAACCCUAUCAAUAUGAACAUUGUGUGAAAUCCUACUCAGAACUGAGUGAAGUAUCUCACCCUGGAGAGAAGACCAUUGUUGGUCAGAAAAGUGUGAAAGACUCCAGCACCCCCAGAGGUUUUCAAAUCCAUGAAAGAAAUAACACUGGGAAGAAACCAUAUGUAUGGAAGCAAUAUGGAAAAAUCUUCAAUACUCAAGGUUAUGAAAUUCCUGAAAGGAUACACAUGGAGAAGAAACACUAUGUAUGUAAACAAUGUGGAAGAACAUUCCAUACACACAGUUCCUGCCAAAGACAUGAAAGAAUUCACACUAGGGCAGAACUGUAUGUAUGUAAGCUAUGUGGGAAAUCAUUCAACAGAUACACUCAAUAUCAAAGCCAUGAAAGUACUCACACUGGGGUGAAACCUUAUGUGUGCAAGAAAUGUGGAAAAGCAUUCACUACAAAGGCCUAUUCUAACAUACAUGAAAAAAUUCACAUGGGGGAGAAUCCUUAUGUGUGCAAGCACUGUGGGAAAGCAUUCUCUGCCCCCCAAUCCUGUCAAAGACAUGAAAGAACUCACACUGGGGAUAAUCCUUAUGUGUGCAAGCAAUGUGGGAUGGCAUUCACUUCAUAUGAUUUUUAUCAGACACAUGUAAGAACACACACUGGGGAGAAACCUUAUGCAUGCAAACAUUGUGGGAAGGCAUUCACUAGACGCUAUAGUUGUCAAAUACAUGAAAGAACACACACUGGGGAGAAACCUUACAUGUGUAAGCACUGUGGGAAGGCAUUCUCUGCCCGCCAGUGUUGUCAGACACAUGAAAGAACUCAUACUGGUGAGAAACCUUAUGUGUGCAAACAUUGUGGGAAGGCAUUCACUGCACUCCGUAAUUGUCAAAUACAUGAAAGAAUUCACACUGGGGAGAAACCUUAUGUGUGUGAGCACUGUGGGAAGGCAUUCACUACUCAGCGAUCUUGUCAACUACAUAAAAUUACACACACCGGUGAGAAACCUCAUGUGUGCAAGCAAUGUGGAAAAGCAUUCUCUCUAAAGACUAAUUAUAAAAUUCAUGAAAGAAUACACACUGGUGUGAAACCUUAUGUGUGCAAGCACUGCGGGAAGGCAUUCACUACACACCGAUUUUGUCAAGUACAUGAAAGAAUACACACUGGGGAGAAACCUUAUGUGUGCAAACAUUGUGGGAAAGCAUUCACUGCACAAAUUAAUUGUCAAAAACAUGAAAGAACUCACACGGGGGAGAAAAAUUAUGUGUGCAAACAUUGUGGGAAGGCAUUCACUACAAAAUAUUCUUCUCAGAUGCAUGAAAGAACUCACACUGGAGAGAAACCUUAUGUGUGCAAACAAUGUGGGAAGGAAUUCACUACAUACCAGUAUUAUCAAGGACAUGAAAGGACACAUACUGGGGAGAAACCUUAUGUGUGUAAACAGUGUGGGAAGGCAUUUACUACACUCCAGUCUUGUCAAAUACAUGAAAGAACUCACACUGACAAGAAAACAUAUGCAUGUAGGACAUGUGGAAGAAGAUUUGCUAGUAAAUCCUCAUUUUAUUUACAUAAAUCUCACACUGGGGAGCAACACUGCAUAUAAACAUUGUGGAGAAGCAUUCAGUGAACACAUUUGCAUCACCUACAUGAAGUCACACUGGAAAGGGACCCUACGUAUGUAAACCUAUUUGGAAAAGCUUGAAAAAAUUCUUCAUAUAGUGGAGAGCUGUACACAUACAUAUGAAAAAUCUGAUGUCAGUAUUUCUUCAUGAGUUUUCCAGAAAAUACACUCCCAAAUGGAGAUCUCUUAGAAUGUAUUCUGUUUUACAGUAAAUCACUUGUAAAUAACUGAACUGAGUACCUAUAGUGUUUACAAGACACAAUAUUGGCAUAGCACAUUUUUAUUUAAUUACCCUUGAACCUAAUAUGUAGUAUUUUCUAAUAAAACAAGGUGAUUUAAAAUGUAUUUCUCACUCUCAAGUAGGGUUAGUAUUUAUGUAGUUUUUAUUAUUAUUAUUAUUUUACUAUGGAGAGGUACAGGCUGUGAAAAAAUAAAUUUUAUUGUUUUUAAUUGAGAUUUCCCAUUAGCUUUGUUCAACAUUUUCUUGGUGUAUAUACCGCAUAUUCUGUAUGGAAAUGAUGACUUUGAAUUUGAUGUUAUAAGAUCUGUGUAAACGUAUGCAUAGAGAUGUUUGAACAUGUAUUUUUUAAAAGUUCCUUUAUUUACACACAACUUAUAGAUUAAGAAAUGUUUUGUUUUUCAUCUCCUAAAUAGACACCUGCAUGUAUCCCAACAUAACUACAUAAAACACAUAAUUUCACCUAUUUUACUUUCUUGUGAAAGUGAGUACUAUGAUUUACAUAAAAUUGUGUUUUCUUAACAUCAACAUUUUACUUUUCAUGCCUAUAUUGUUAUGACUUUCAAUUUAUGGUAAUUUUACCACAAUUUAUACCAGAAAACUAAACAGACUGCUGUGAGUUUCUGAUGGAGGUGUAUCAGAUGAACAGUGCCUUGUUUAUUAAAGGAUAUCAUGAAUUGCAA